AUGGCUUCCCUCGACGACAAGUCCAGAGCGCUUCUCCAGAAGGCCUACCCUCAGACCCCCGAGCUCGAGGGUGACAUGAUCAAGCUGUCGCAGUCGCUCUUCCCCAAGGCCGAGGUGCGUAGUCAUCCGAAACACAACAACACAACAUCUGACUUUGUUCAAUCANNGUACUCGACCAACGAGAAGACCGAGAUUGAGCAAUGGCUCAUCACCUCAUCCCACAUUGCCUCGUCCACCGAGGACGCUGCUAAAACUGCCGAGCGUCUGUCUUCGCUCAACACCCACCUCAGCACUCGCACAACUCUCCUCGGCUCCAAGCCUUCGGUCGCCGACAUUGCUCUCUACGCACGUGUCGCUCCUGUCAUUGCUUCCUGGUCGGACGAGCAGCGCACCGGCGAGCAGGGAUACCACCACAUUGUCCGUCACGCAGACUUUGUCCAGAACUCUCCUCUCUUCGCUCUGAAGGUCGAGGAUUCCGAGAAGGUCAAGAUUGACCAGGACAAUGUCAUCUUCAAGAUCAAGCCCAUUGACUUGAAGGCCGAGAAGGAGCGCAAGAAGAAGGAGAAGGAGUUGGCUGCCCAGGGCGCGACCAGUGCUGCCAACGCCGGUGCAACCGUCACAUCGGCAGCUGCUCCCGAGGCCCAGCAGAAGUCGGUCGCCGAGAAGGCUACUGAGCAGGCUGAGAAGGUCAAGGGACAGGCCAAGACUGCUGGUGAGAAGGUCGCCGAUGCUGUCGGAGCCGAGACUCCUGGCGUGAGCAAGAAGACCGAGAAGAAGGCAAAGAAGGAGAAGGCUCCCAAGCAGCCCAAGGCCCCCGCCGCACCCGAGAAGCCCUUCUCGCCCGCCCUCAUCGAUCUGCGUAUCGGCCACAUCCUCAAGGCCAUCCGUCACCCCAACGCCGACAGCUUGUACGUCUCCACCAUCAACGUCGGCGAUGCUCCCGGCACCGACAACACCGAAGAGUACGAGGGCCAGACCUGCCGCACCGUCUGCUCUGGUCUCAACGGUCUCGUUCCCCUCGAGGAGAUGCAGAGCCGCAAGAUCGUCACAGUCUGCAACCUCAAGCCCGUCACCAUGCGCGGCAUCAAGUCUUGCGCUAUGGUCCUUGCCGCCUCACCACGCCUCAAGGAAGGCGAGGAGGACCACCACGGCGGCCCCGUCGAGCUCGUCAACGUCCCCGAAGGUGCUGUCGCCGGCGACCGCGUCUACUUUGACGGCUACGAGGGCGAGCCCGAGUCCGUCCUCAACCCCAAGAAGAAGAUCUGGGAGGCCUUCCAGCCCGGCUUCACCACCACCGAUAACCUCGAGGUUGCCUUUGAGGUUUCGGCUGUGCCUCAGCUUACCGAGAAGGGCGAUAGCGGUGUUAGACAACUCAAGACCAAGUCUGGUGUUUGCACUGUCAAGUCGCUUGCUGGCGCCACUGUCCGAUAA